CCCGCCCCGCCGCCGUCUCCCGCGUCUCUGCCCCGCCCGGGGCGGGUCCGCGGCCGCGGUGGGAACAUGGAGGAGCUGCUGAGGCGCGAGCUGGGCUGCGGCUCCGUCAGGGCCACGGGCCACACGGGGGGCGGGUGCAUCAGCCAGGGCCGGAGCUACGACACGGACCGAGGACGAGUAUUCGUGAAAGUGAACUCCAGGGCGGAGGCCAGAAGAAUGUUUGAAGGGGAGAUGGCAAGUUUAACUGCCAUCCUGAAAACAAACACAGUGAGAGUGCCCAAGCCCAUCAAGGUUCUGGAUGCCCCAGGCGGCGGAAGCGUGCUGGUGAUGGAGCACGUGGACAUGAGGCAUCUGAGCAGUCAUGCUGCAAAGCUUGGAGCCCAGCUGGCCGAUUUGCACCUUGAGAACAAGAAGCAUGGAGAGACGCUCCUGAAAGAGGCGGGCACAGUGGGGAGGGGAGGUGGGCAGGAGGAACGGCCGUUUGUGGACCGGUUUGGAUUUGACGUGGUGACGUGCUGUGGAUACCUUCCCCAGGUGAAUGACUGGCAGGAGGACUGGGUUGUGUUCUUUGCCAGGCAGCGCAUUCAGCCCCAGAUGGACAUGGUGGAGAAGGAGUCUGGGGACAGGGAGGCCCUCCAGCUUUGGUCUGCUCUGCAGUUUAAGAUCCCUGACCUGUUCCACAACCUGGAGAUCACCCCAGCCUUACUCCACGGAGACCUCUGGGGCGGAAACGUAGCAGAGGACGCCUCCGGGCCGGUCAUUUUUGACCCAGCUUCUUUCUAUGGCCACUCGGAAUAUGAGCUGGCCAUCGCCGGCAUGUUUGGGGGCUUCAGCAGCUCCUUUUAUUCUGCCUACCACGGCAAGAUCCCCAGGGCCCCGGGGUUCGAGAAGCGACUUCAGUUGUAUCAGCUCUUUCACUACUUGAACCACUGGAAUCAUUUUGGAUCGGGGUACAGAGGAUCCUCCCUGAACAUCAUGAGGAAUCUCGUCAAGUGAGUGUGCUUUGCUCUGGAGGAGGUCUCAGAGGUUUCUCCACAGUCCUCUUUAGGAUAAAACUCUUGUUUUUUCACGUGGCCAGAGUAGCUUAAGACCAACUCAGUAACUUAUUUCCAAGCCUUGCAAAGUAUAGAAUAUCUCCGAAGAAAGGUUUUGUCAUUACAACUUUGUGGGGUUUGUAGGUAGACGGAGCCAUGCUAGAGGCAGGGUGUGAACCGAGGAAUGAAGCAAGGUGGCUCUGAACCACACUUCCGCUCUGAGGUGGAGAGACUAAGUGAUCUCAGGUGGGUGCCAGGGAGGAUCCAGUGUGUGGGGUGGUGGUCAGCGCGCCCGGGCGCCGCUGCUCAGAGGGCACCUUUCCACCACCUCCUCCCUGCUCUCCUGUGCAGGAACGUCUCAGAGCUGUUCAUGUUGAUGAUGCUUGGUUGGCAAGACUUGGGUCUAGACAUGAAACCAUGUUACUAAAAGCUUCUUAAAAUGACCAGUUCCAAAAUCAGGCACAUUCCUCUUCUUCCUGCACGAUCCCUGGACCCUGCUGCAGGCUGAGCAGGCCUGGAAACCGAUUCUGGGAGUGACCAAGCUGCUGGCCUUAGGGUGUCCUUGGGUAAAUACAGGAGCCUUACCUGCUUCUAUCAUUACUCCAUCUUCUCUGUCAUUUCCAAAGCUUGCUAAGUUGUCAUUCCUUUGCAACUUUACACACUGAGCGAAUAUUUUUCCCUCCUUCAGUAUUGUAGUGUUGAGAAAUAUUUCAUGAAUGACAUUGAUGCUAAUAGAUCGCUUUGCAUAAAAAUUUGAAUAAACUUUCAGUGUUUUCAAUAAUGUA